AUGACAACGGAAGGGCUGGAAAAUCUUAUCCAGGACCCCGACGUUUUUGCACUUGGAAUCGACUCUGGGCCUAUUAAAGAAGUUCUCGUAGAAAUUGCUCAAAGAGUUGAUUCUUUGCAGAUGAAAUUGCAAAAACAGCAAAAUCCGCAGAAUAGUUUUGAUAAUGAUGAAAUAAGAGAUAUUAAUAUUCGAUUAAAUGAGCUUUCCAAAGCGCAACAACAACAAAAUACAGACUUUACAAAUGAAGUUCAUGAAUUAAAGCAAUUCUUUAAUUAUCAAAUGAAAGAUUUACGUGAAACAUUCGACAAAUCUGAAAAAGCUCUUAACGAUCGUAUUUCAGGCAUCCAAAUACCAACACCAACCAUAAUUCAAACUCAAUCUAAACCUUCUGAACCAGUUGUUCAAUAUGUUCCUCAAACAAUCGUUCAAGAAGUUGCUCCUAAGGAUGAUGGUGUUCAAAUGAAGAAGUUAACAUAUGAUGUUCAGGCACUUAAAGAAAGAAUUGACUCAUUAAUCUCAACAAUCAAUCUUUUGAAAGAAGAACGAACAAUGCCAUCCGUUAAAAUUGAUCAGAUACCAACCGAUGAUACUUAUCAAGAAAAAAUACCAACACCAAAGUUAGAUACAAUUAAAAAUCAAGAUAUCGUUCCACCAGCAAAUGAUUUAGUACUUACUCCAAUCAACCAAGUUGAAGAACGCUCACAACCCCCUCCUAAAGUUGAAAUAAGUGACGUUCCUCAAUCAGAAACAACAGAUCCAAAUAUUACUGACUUAUAUUCCAAACUUUCAGCACUUUCUCAUGAUGUAAUAAAUAACAGAGAUAAAAUAUCUACAAUUACAAAGACAACAAAUAAAAUUAUCGUGGAAUUUGAAAAUCAACACCAAGAAUUUGUCAAAGCACAGCAUGCAAACUCUACCAUUACAGAAAAUAUCGAUAAGCUUCACCAGAAGACCUCAGAGAUUGGAUAUGAAUCCGAUAAAAAGACUACAAACUUGAAAUCAAUUAUUGAUGACAUUGUAACUAAAAUGGAUAAGCAAAUUGAACAAAUUAGGACAUUAUCUAAGACACCAACCAUCGAACCAAUAGCUCUUCCUGACUUUGACAAACUUUUCAAUGAUAUGAAAGGAAAUGUUCAAGAAGUCAUUAAUGAAAACGAUACAAACUACAGGAAACAAUUUAAUUAUCUCAAAAACGAGCUAACGAGCCUCAAAGUUGCUUUGAAAGAUGUAUCAAAUAAAGAUAUCCAAAUUAAAGAGACAACUCCACCUCCAGAGAUGGCACCACCCCCAACAAUUAAGGCUGUAGAGGUCCCCGUUGAAGUUCCUCAGGUCAAAGAACCUGAACCUCCACAAGAAAUAAUUGAAAGUCCUAAAUCUUCACCAAAAGUGGCCACAUUUACAACAGCGCCACCUGUAACCAAAGUAGAAGAGGAAGAAGAGCAGCCUCCUGUGAUUGUUGAAUCUCCUAUUCGAUCUCAUGUUCCUUCAUCUCGAAAAGUGUACAAUCACGCCGAAAUACAGACAGAUCCAGCCGAGCUCGAGCCAAUACCUGUCGAAAGAGUCUCAUUUGGCACUCCUAUCAUCAUGUCCAUGCCAAAUUCGAUUCAGACCCAAUUCAUUAUCGACAGAUCUCCAGCGCCGAUCACCUAUUGUCGACCAUUUAUCCGUAGCAACAGUGUUAAACUUGUUACAGUACGUACUAACACUCCAAAGUACAAAGAAGGCGAUACAAAACCAUUAAAACCAAAUAAAGGUGUUGCAGAAGUAGUUUCAGAGACCGUUGUUUCAAACGAACAAGUUGUUGAUGAAGCAGAACCAAUAGAGAACGUCAGCGUUGGUGUUUCUCCUGUUCCUUCCCGUCAUUCCGCAUCUGUCACUCCUCGUGUGAAAUUCACCGAUUCAGCCACAGAAUCAUCGACAAAAACUGUUCCUAUGUACAAAGAUUACGUUGAUAUUGACAUUCAAACAGACAUUUCUGUUUAUUCAUCAAUGGGAACAACACCAAUACCAUCCAGACAACACACGGCAACAAAAGAAACACGACAAGAACAAAUCCUUCCACCACCACAACCUGUUCAACAACCUGUUCAACAAACACAAACAAAAGAACCAUUACCAACAAUUGAUUCCGAUCCUGAAACGAAAUUUGUCAAAGUUGAACAAGAAAAGAAACCAGAGAUGCCAAACUAUUCAAAUAUAGAUCAUCCUGAUAUGGCAUAUAUGGAACAAUAUGAUACACAUGCAGAGAAAUACAUUGAACCGAAGAAAUCAAGUAAUUUGUUACAGUUCAAUCGUAGUAAUUCAAUACAAUAUUUAGUUCUUAAACAUGAUUUGAUAAAAGAAGAGAAAAUAUCAAUGCAAAAAUCAAUGUCAUUGGAAAGAAUGUUGAAUUUGAACAUUGUUGGUCAAUCUCUUCCUAGUCAAAACAUUAUAAUUAAUGCUGAUCCAAAGGAUGGAUUUACUAAAGAAGACCAAGAUGAAUUAGUUAAGAGAUUAACAGCAGCAUCAAAUCCAAAGAGAUUAGAUAAAUUCGAACAAUUAUUGGCACAGUAUCAUGAUGAAGUUUCUGAAUUAGAAAGUAAAAUUUCGAUGUUACCAUUUGGAACAGAUAAAAAGAUUAUGGAUAUCGAACAGAUCUUGAACAGAUGGAUAGGAAAUGUCCAAAUGAUACAUAGAAGAGUUAAUGAAUUAUCAGAUACAAUGGCUGAUGUUCCGAAGAAGAAAACAAUGUUCGUGUCAAUGGUCGAACAAAAAGAUGGAAUGAUUUCAAUUCCUCCGUCACAAAAAGUGGAAGUUCCUAUUGACACAAAGACAGAAACAACAACAUCAGCAGUCAUGGAACCAGAAAUUGUUAUACAAAUGAAGAGACAAGUGUCAACAGGUGAAAAGAGGAAACCUCCGGAGCUAAAAUUAUCAUUUGCAAAUAACGAGAUGUUGAAUCAAGCUCCAAAACAACAACCUCAACAAAAACAGUUCGCAAACACAUUCGAAUUGGAUGUAAGACCUGAAGAUGCAAUGAUUGGAAAAGGUACUAUAUCAGAACAAUUCCAGAAAUGCAAUGAAAGAAUAGAAGCUCUUAAAUUGGUCGUAACAAAAUUCGAAAAUGAUUUAUAUCACAUAGAACAUGAAGUACAAGAAAUGAAAGCUUCUCAGCCUGACGCAGAAACAUUGAAACCAAUCAUUGAACACCAUUACCAUCACGCAAGACGUAGCCAUUCUACUGAUAGCUCAAAGAAGGAUAAAAACACUGCUUUGGGUGAUUCAAAUCCAUCUUCUGUAACUCAGUCAAUGGAAAACCCGCCAAAUCCAGAUUCAGAAGAAAAAGAAAAACAAAAUGAAGAAAAACCAAACGAAGAAGAAGAAGAGGAAAAGAAGGAAGAAAAGACUGAAGAAAAGAAGGAUGAAAAUAAACCAGAUAUGGGAGAAAGGCCACAUUCACCAGAAAAACCAAAGACACCUCCCAAAUUAGAACCUGCAGAAAUAUUGACAUCUGAUGAAAAGAAUAUGCUCGUUUAUAAGAUACAAUUCGCUCCUUACUUCUUUAUCGACCAAAAACCGCCGGAACAGACCAAAUCUCAAGAAAAAAAUGUCGCUUCUAUGGUCGCUGCUUUGGAUACUGAGAAUAUAACUAUACCAAGAUACGAUGAACAGAUCAGAAUCAUGAGAGAUGCUUUGGUUGACUUAAGAACGAAUCUUCAACUUAUUAGACAAAGAUAUGAUGAAAGAAUCAACCAAAUCACCACCCAACAGAUAGAAAUGAACAAGACAGGUGAUAAUGCUGCUGAUUCUGCUGCUCUUAUGAGUCUGAAGAAAAAUGUUGAUGAAAAAUUUGACGACUUCGAAGGCCAAUUCAAAUUCUUGAGGCAGGAGAUGUAUGAAUUCAUGAAAGACAGGCCAGAGAGAAUCAUUGAGAAGGUUAAAGAGGUUGUUGUUAAAAAUGAAUCAGAUAAAAAGGAAAAGAAAGAAGUUACGAAGAAGAAACAUGAAAAGAAAGAGAAGCCACCACCACCUCCACCCCCUCCACCACCAGAAUUAGAUGUAGAUUUCUCAAUUAAAAAGACAAAGAAAUUAAUUGGCAACAUAGAGUCACCGAGAGUGUUUAAAGUUAAUCAUUUAGAAACACUGAGCUCGCCAGAUGACUCAACAGAUGAUUCUGAAGUCAUUAUUGACGAAGAUAAUAAUCCUAUCAACAUUGGAGGCUCAAGGAGAUCAAGUUUCAGACCAAAACAAAGCAGUGCUGAUGAUACAAGCGCAACAUCGGACUCAGAAGAGCCAGAAUCAAGUGAUUUACCAACAAGAGAUGAUUCCAAGGAUCAAUCUUCCAGAACAGAAGGAAAUACAGCAAGAAAAGAAGAUGGACAUUACGUACCACAAUUAAUUGACGAGGUUUCAGUUUACAAUGCCUUACCAAAGAGUGAUUAUACAGAUAAAUUAGUUCCAAUGAUGGUGAAAAUGAGAGAUGAGCUUAAGACUUAUAUAGACAAAGUAUCAUCAAGGAACGGGAAGCUUGAAAAGGUCGUCAGAGAUAAAUGUGCUAAAGAUUAUGUUGAAUCUUUCUUCAGAAAGAUGAGAGUAAUUAUCCAGGCAACACAUGAAAAGGUUAAAACAGUUGUCGAUGCAUUACCUCAAAGAAUUACUCGAACAGAGCUUGAAGAAAGAUUACAAAAUCUUGCAGCUCCUUCCAUCGAAAAAGAAGCAUAUGCAGCACAAUCUAACACAGCUUAUUCAAGAUGCCUGUUCUGCGGCUCUAAAUUACCACCAGGAAGAACUGAUUUAGGAAAUCCAGAAGCAAAUGGAGGAAAACCAAUUCCUCCAAGAUCAAAUAUAGUCAACAACGAGAAAGGCGUUGUCUAUAAAGGAAGACAGUCUGUUGGAUCUAUCCCUACAAUGGCUCCUUUGCCUCCAAUUGGAACAAAACCAAAAUCUCCUACAUCUCAGUCAGUUAAAGAAGAAGCUAACGAUUUGCUUCCAAAAUUGUAA